AUGGCGGCGACGUUAAGCAGAGAUCAGUACGUGUACAUGGCGAAGCUCGCUGAGCAAGCGGAGCGUUACGAGGAAAUGGUCCAAUUCAUGGAGCAGCUCGUAGGCGGAGCUACACCAGCCGGCGAGCUCACGGUGGAGGAGAGGAACCUUCUCUCCGUCGCGUACAAGAACGUGAUUGGAUCUCUUCGCGCUGCCUGGAGGAUCGUAUCGUCGAUUGAGCAGAAGGAAGAGAGCAGGAAGAACGAGGAACACGUGUCGCUCGUCAAGGAUUACAGAUCUAAGGUCGAGACUGAGCUCUCCUCGAUCUGCUCUGGAAUCCUCAGGCUGCUCGACACGCAUCUGAUCCCUUCCGCCACCGCCAGCGAGUCUAAGGUCUUUUACCUGAAGAUGAAAGGAGAUUACCAUCGCUAUCUCGCCGAGUUCAAAUCUGGAGAUGAGAGGAAAACUGCUGCCGAAGAUACCAUGAUCGCCUACAAAGCUGCUCAGGACGUUGCGGUUGCUGAUCUAGCGCCUACACAUCCGAUCAGGCUGGGUCUUGCCCUCAAUUUCUCAGUGUUUUACUAUGAGAUUCUCAACUCUUCAGAGAAAGCUUGUAGCAUGGCCAAGCAGGCUUUUGAAGAAGCCAUUGCUGAGCUGGACACAUUGGGAGAGGAGUCGUACAAGGACAGUACUCUCAUCAUGCAGUUGCUAAGGGACAAUCUAACCCUUUGGACCUCCGAUAUGCAGGAGCAGAUGGAUGAGGCCUGA